GCGAGGUCUCCGUGCGCCAAUCCAAAUCCGUCCUUGUCUUCCUCUGCUUGCUCGGCACCGGAACCCUAAGCUUUGUCUUCUCGGAAGGGAUCGCUGCGAUGUCGAGCUCGUGGUCGCGGGCGCUGACGCAGAUCUCGCCCUACACCUUCGCCUCCAUCGGAAUCGCCAUCUCAAUCGGCGUCUCCGUCCUCGGCGCCGCUUGGGGGAUCUAUAUCACCGGGAGCAGCUUGAUCGGUGCGGCGAUCAAAGCCCCCAGAAUCACCUCGAAGAAUCUCAUUAGUGUUAUCUUCUGCGAGGCUGUCGCCAUAUAUGGUGUUAUUGUUGCAAUUAUUCUACAAACAAAACUAGAAAGCGUGCCAUCAUCAAAGAUAUAUGAUCCAGAGUCUCUCAGAGCUGGAUAUGCAAUAUUUGCUUCUGGAAUCAUCGUGGGUUUUGCAAAUCUCAUGUGCGGACUUUGCGUAGGAAUAAUUGGAAGCAGCUGUGCGCUGUCCGAUGCUCAAAACUCCACGCUUUUUGUCAAGAUUCUGGUGAUUGAAAUAUUUGGCAGUGCACUUGGGUUAUUUGGUGUGAUCGUUGGCAUAAUUAUGUCAGCGCAAGCAACAUGGCCAGCCAAAACAGCAUGAGUUGGUUGCCUACCACACCCCAAUGCUCUGUUUUGCUCUUUUACUGGAAACACGAAGCUUGUGCAGCACAUCUUCAUCAUACUCAGUAUCCGAAACUUCGUUUAUCAUCUGUUUGUCGUUAUGUCAGGUUUCAUGGAUCCCUUCCUUGAAAGAAACAUUUUGCCUGUGGCACAGAAUCAUCUCCUGUUGCUGAGAUCUUCUUUUCUUUUUUGUCUGAGACAAAUAACCCAUGGUCAUGUUCAUGGCUGGGAUCCAUGAUGAUAUUGUAUGGAAUCCUAAAUUUGCAUCUAUUUUUAAUGCGUAUAAUCUAUGUCAGCAUCAUAUUUAGAAUUAAAA